AGGCAGCAGUGCUAACCACUGUGCCACCGUGCCGCCCACACAGGAUAGCAUUGGUAUGGAAAGAAAGUAAAGUUGCUCUCCAAUGUCCCCAUCAACCACUCCCUGGUACAGUUAAAAAAUUGCAUUGGAUACACACACAAACAUACAAAGAUUUAUCCUUGAAUUCUUGCCAUUGAGACGAUAGCAUCAAAACGUCACUGGUCAAACAUUCUCAAUAAAAAUGGGACCACUCCACAAAUUCAACUCCAAGUUCUUUAUUUGAUUCGCUCUCUUCUGUUCUGAUUUUCUAUUAAAUUCCUGGUCCUUAAUAUCCACCCAUGCAGUCAUCCUAUCCCAUGUGCUAUGGUCUGCUCCCACAAAUAACAUUUGAUUCCAACACAAUGUGUGAUACAGGAGCCUGUCUGGUUUCACAGGGAGAUUGUUGAACACGAUUCAUGAAAACCUAAUGUCAUGGUGUCACCAACUAUUAAUAGAACAACUAAUGGGUUGCCAGUUAUUACCACGGCUUUGGACUAGGGAAGUGAGGAAGGCUUGCUGUGAUUGUACAGGGGACAUGCUCACAAUGAACCAAUUCAAGAAGGCCGAUGGAUGAAAGUGGCAAUUACAGAUAUUCUAGAAGAGGAGAGAGAAACAGACAGAAACACGCUGACCAAGGGACAGAGAGCAACAGAAGGAUAUUUGGAUUUCCAACAGGCAUCAGUUCAGGUUAUAAGGAGAGGAUUCACAGAAAGUAAACUUCACAUCAGGAUCUGAAAGAUUCACUAGAUUCAGCAUAACUUACACAUCAAUGUAAAAGGAGAAAUUGUGUUUGAGGAAGAUUUCAAACAUCUGUGUGACUGGAAACAGAUCGAGAACAUCACCCACACCUGCCCAAAUGGUGUGCUCCAGUCUCCUGACUUUGUAAAGAACUUUAACCAGUGAUUCAGCCUGAAAAAAAUCUCCCCAUUCCCUUGUGGGGAGAAACCACACUAGUAUUGUGUGUGAAAUCCGGGCUUCCAUUGAUUGUCCAAACUGGAGACACAAGGAUAUCAUGGAUAAACCAUGGAAAUGUGAGGACUGUGGGAAAGCAUUCAAUUAUCCAUCGCGGCUGGAACGCCAUCGACGCAGUCACAUUGGGGAUGAUACCAUGGAGAAACCGUGGAAAUGUGAGGAUUGUGGAAAAGGAUUCUAUUAUCCAUACCAGCUGGAAAACCAUCGCCACAGUCACUCAGGGGAGAAGCCAUUUAUCUGUUCAGAGUGUGGUAAGGGAUUCACUGUGUCCUCCCAGCUGCUGUUACAUCGUCGGGUUCACACUGAAGAGAGACCUUUCAGCUGCACUCACUGUGGAAAGAGGUUUUCGUGUUCAUCGAACCUCAUUGUGCACCAGCGAGUGCACACUGGGGAGAAACCAUUCAGCUGCUCAGAGUGUGGGAAAGGAUUCACUCAGUUGUCGGGCCUCCAGUCACACCAGCGAACUCACACUGGGGAGAGGCCAUUCACCUGCUCUUUGUGUGGGAAGUCAUUUGCUUUGUCGUCGAACCUGCUGUCACAUCAGAGAGUUCAUACUGAGGAGAGGCCAUUCACCUGCACUUCCUGUGGGAAAAGGUUCAGGUCUUCAUCCAAUCUCAGUGCACACCAGCGAGUUCACACUGGAGAGAGGCCGUUCACCUGCUCAGUGUGUGGGAAAGAACUAACAAACUCAUCCAGCCUUCGGUCACAUCAGCGAAUUCACAGCGAGGAGAAGCCAUUCAGCUGCACUCACUGUGGAAAGACAUUCAGACAGUCAUCUACCCUCACUGCACACCAACGCACUCACACUGGGGAGAGACCAUUCACCUGCCCCAAGUGUGGGAAGGGAUUCACUCAGUCUGGCAGCCUGCAUUUACAUGAACUCUCUCACACUGGAGAGAAGCCGUUCCCUUGCUCAGUGUGUGGGAAGGGAUACACUCGGUCAUCUCAUCUACUGACACAUCAGCGAAUUCACACAUUAGUACAGCGUUUGGAUUCUGCUGUUACUACUGCUGUUAAUCACACCCAGGAUUGAUAGGCUGACAAAGUGUGGUUUGUUAACAUCUCCUGUAACUGACUAGUGUUUGAUAUUCUGGAUGUGUCGUUGUCUUUCAGUGCUGCAGGAUCUCUGAUUAAAACACUAUCUGUGAUCUUUCCCUGAUUACACUGCUGUUCUGAACUUCUGCUUUAGUUGAUCUUUGGUGCAAGAUCUACAAUUCAAUCUCUGAAAUGUUCUAUGAAUAAACUUCUCCAAUGGGGAAGUGCUGAUUAAUUCCUGUUGGCAAUUGUUGCACCACUAGGAAUGAACCAAGACCGUCAUGUCUACUGCAGGAAGAUACAGUGGAAAUAAACACUGGGUCAGUCAGAGCAAAGAAAUCCAAACUGCAGUCACUGAUUGAAAUCUACGUGCUGUGUGCGAUGCGAUCGAGAGAGAACUUGGUACAACCAUCACUUCUGCCUGAAAUUGGCAGAUGGUGAAAUAUGCAGGAAAGGAAAUAACCAGAUGCUGCACUGGGUUGAAUGUUACUCUGAGCUGUACUCUUGUGAGACAGAUAAUUCCCCCAGUCUUCAUUUGAUACUUCCCUGCAGUUUCCUGUCAUGAUUGAGUUAAAAGCAUAUUCCUCCUCAACUGACCUGGAAAAGGUCAUUGACUGGAUUGUCAAGAUGUCU